GAUAAAUUGACAUUUGAUACAUUUGCAUCGUCAAAAUCCACCCCUCUAUUACAAGUCUGCGGCAAGGUGUCGCUAUGGCAGUCGAAGAGAUCAGAAAGCUGACCUGCAUUUCUUGUACACCACCUCGGGCGUGAUGACGUGUGCUGAUAAAUGUGCAGAUUGAACAACUAUUGAGAUGUAUGCAAUCAUUGGGGUGCCCACAAUCUUUAUACUAAAUGUAGCACACCUUUGAGCUGAAACAGAAAACGAAGUGCAGAACCCUCCCGCCACCAUGGACACAUAUCAGAGCCCAAGUCAGGAAAUCAUCAGGUCUUUACAAAAUAUUGCGAAUAAACUGCGCAUUUUAAGCAUCAAGGCCACAAACGCUGCAAAAUCAGGGCAUCCUACGUCAUGCACAUCUAUCGCAGAGUUGAUAUCAGUGUUGUUUUUCCAUACGAUGAGAUACAAAGUGUCUAACCCGAGAGAUGCGUCCAGUGAUCGGUUUGUUCUGUCCAAGGGCCAUGCAGCGCCGAUUCUGUACGCCGCGUGGUGCGAGGCUGGUCUUUUUAGUCAAGAUCAUCUUAUGACCCUUAGAAAAAUCGACUCAGAGCUUGAAGGUCACCCUGUGCCCCGACAAGUUUUUACCGAUGUCGGCACUGGCUCCCUCGGUCAAGGACUAAGCUGCGCAUGCGGAAUGGCAUACAUGGGAAAGCACAUCGAUAAGGCCAGUUACCGCGUGUUUUGUCUCCUUGGUGACGGCGAGUCGGCAGAGGGCGCGGUUUGGGAGGCGAUGAGCUUUGCGAGUUUUUACAAACUGGAUAACUUGGUGGCCAUCUUCGAUGUCAACCGUCUGGGUCAAAGCCAGCCAACGGCGCUACAACACAAGAUGGACGUAUACAGGCAGAGAGCAGAGGCUUUCGGGUGGAACGCCAUUGUAAUAGACGGACAUGAUGUCGAGGCUGUAUGUCGAGCCUUUCAUGAAGCAGAAAUCACCACAGGGAGACCAACAUGUCUGCUUGCUAAAACAUUCAAAGGGAGAGGGAUUAUUGGUGUGGAAGAUAAUGACGGUUUCCAUGGUAAAGCGCUCGGUGAUAAAGCAGAGCCCGCGAUAGCCCAUUUAGAGAAGCUUAUCAAGGGUCCGGUUUACUAUCACAACCCUCGGCCUGUGAUUGAAGAUGCUCCACUACUUAAGCAGACAGAAGUCAAGUUAUCAGAACCCCCGAACUACACUCUAGGGCAGAAGCUCCCUAUUCGUAAUGCGUACGGUACCGCCCUUGCCAAGCUCGGCACCUCGUGCGAUCGCGUGGUCGCGCUGGACGGCGACAUGAAGAACUCCACCUUCUCCAUCACCUUCAUGAAUGCGCACCCUGAUCGCUUCAUCGAGUGUUUCAUUGCGGAGCAGAACAUGGUGGGCGUGGCCGUGGGGUGCGCCACGAGGGGUAGGGCUAUCCCCUUUGUCAGCACCUUUGCAGCUUUUCUCUGCAGGGCAAGUGAUCAGAUCCGUAUGGCUGCGGUGUCGCAAUCCUCUGUGAACUUUGUGGGUUCUCACGUGGGCUGCUCAAUCGGAGAGGACGGCGCUUCUCAGAUGGCCCUUGAGGACAUGGCCAUGUUCCGCGCGCUUCCGGGAAGUGUUGUGUUCUAUCCCAGUGACGCAGUUGCUUGUGAACGCGCCGUUGAGCUCGCUGCGAACUAUCCAGGAAUAACGUUCACACGUGCAACACGACCGGACUCAGCCGUCAUCUAUGCCAACGACGAGCCGUUUGCAAUUGGCAAAGCUAAGGUCGUUCGUCAGUCAGAGGAUGACCACGUGCUCGUAAUCGCUGCCGGCGUGACGUUGGACGAGGCAAUGAAGGCAGCCAAUCAUCUUGAGCUUGAGGGCAUUCAUGUGCGCAUACUGGAUCCGUUCACAGUCAAACCGAUCGACAAGGCUGGCAUUGUGGCUAACGCGAAGGCAACCAACGGAAAAGUCGUUGUGGUGGAGGAUCAUUAUCACGAAGGUGGUCUCGGGGAAGCAGUUUUUUCUGCUAUUGUUGAGUGUGGUUUCCGGGUGAGGCAUCUGGCCGUACCACGUGUCCCUCAGAGUGGGCCAUGUGCAGCGCUUCUAGAAAUGUUUGGGAUAUCUGCGGGAUGCAUCAUUAAGACAGUGAAAGAACUAGUAGGACAGUAGUAAGAACAGACCAUCUCAGGGUUUUCUUUCAUUCUGAUUACAUAAUAAGUGUUUAACUCAAGCUAAAAUUGACUUCCUGGCUUGCCAAUAUAAAUAAAUAAAUAAAUAUCAUAGCUUACCAUCUUUUCUUUUAGUUAUGCUAAAAAAGAGAGAAAUACUUUUUGGGGGAUGAAAGUCAAGCACGACUGCAAUUGCAAUAUCUUUAAAUUAAAAUAGAAGAUAAAAUGUGAUUUGUUGCCAUACAUUGUUUAACUUGGAUAAUAAUAAAAAAAUUGUCACAUUAGUGUACAACUUGACAAAAAUAAAGAGAUAUAAGAUAAUAAAUUCA